CAAGAAGAAAAAGAAGACGGUUCAACAGAUGACAUCUCGAAUACAGAGGCCGCUGACAGCUUGGGUCUUGGAGAUGAGAUCGAGGAGCUUGAGGAUCAGCUUACAGCGAUCGACCGCCGACGCAGAGCGACCGAGAAAGAGACCAGUAAGCUCAGAGAUGAGAAGACUUCGCUCCGAGACACCAUGGACAAUUGUGAUGAUGAGAUUGAAAAAUGGGAAGCUCUUCAAGAGAAGCUCGACGACGGCAAGACCGUCUAUGCUCCAGUCGCCGAGACAAGAAAGCGCAAGCGCUCUUCCUCGAGUACCGACGGUGAAGACGAGGAUAAGAACAGCCAAAAAGCCGAUAACGAGUCGCAAUCUCUAGAUCGUGGUUCGCCACUGACGGCCGAAGACAUUGAAACAAAGAUCCAAGAGCUGAAAGACCAGAAGAAGGAAGCUCGUCGUGGGCGUAGCGAGAUUGAAGCACAGGUCAAGGAACUGAACGACAAGAUUAAGGAGUUCAAAACCGAGACCCGAAGCAUCGAAGACAACAGAAACCGCAUCUGCAUCGAUGCACGCAAUCAGUACUCGAAAUCUGCUAUUCAAGUUGAUUUUGCUGCUGGCAUCAAGGAGACCAGAGCCGACGAGGAUCCGGAUAACUUCGAUCCCGAGGAAGAACUCCGCGACUACGGGAAGGUUUCUAAAGAUCUGCCUGUCUAUUGUGUCUCCAGCCGAGCAUAUCAGAAGCUGUCCGGCAGACUUGUGAAAGACAACGCCGUCCGUGGUUUCACUGACGUCGACCAGACCGAGUUGCACUGCAAGAAGCUCACAGAGAACGUCCGAUCCAUGAAAUCUUGCCGAUUUCUUACCUUACCGAGUCAACUGCGCACCUCGCUGGCGCUUUGGUCAUCCAAUGACGGUUCUGGUGCNAAAAAGACGGAUCAGCAGAAGGACGCUGAACAGAGGUUUCUUGCUCGAAAGCUGAAGGAUCUAGAUAAAGCUCUAGAGAAGGACGUGAACGACACCCUGACAGAGAUUAAGGAAACGGUGGCCGAAAACAUAUUUGAAAACUAUGAGACUGCCAUCAACGCUGCUGCCGAUGCUGCAUUGCCAACAUCGCAAGGCUGGGGCGCGCACAAAAGUCAAGGUGGUCUGUACUGGGCUACGUACAAGGCGGUAGUCCGUCGACAAGGUGUCUUCACAGGAUCUGGUGUCUACAAGCACCUCGCAAAUGGCUGGGAGAAGGCCUUCCAUCGCCGUCUUCCUCAAGUUCUCAAAGCGUGCGCCAAAGGAUUCUCCAACGACCUGCGCGCCUUCCACAAAGCCAUCGAAGUCCAUUCGUUCUCUCACGGAGGCAACCCUCGCCUUGGUCUUCUUUCGCAGCAGCUCUCGAACUACGAAGCCGUCUUCAGCGACCUUGGUAGCAAGAUGGUUGAGCUGAUCAACGAACGCCAGCGUGAUAUCAACCGCGAAUUCACCCCGAAUGUGUGCAAUGCCAUGCUCGUCGUUCAUAACGUCUGCACGGCAGAGGCUGGUCCUGGUCAAUACAACAGAAUGAAGACCCACAUGACUAACCACGUCAACGCCCAAAAGGACAGCAUGUUCCAGAGGGCGACCCAAGUCGUUCGUGACAUGAUCAAGGAUCUGAUCAAGGAUGUCGAAGAGAACAUGGCCAAUCGUACUGAUCAGGUCUUCGUUGGUAUGCGUAGAGAUUACCUUCAGGUUCUGAGCAACGUCCGCGUUGACGACAUCACAAUGCCUAAAUGGGAGCGCAGCUUGAGAGGCACAAUCGAGGAUAUCAUCCAACAAAGCGAAGAGGGUUUUGAGGCCGUCCUUGAAGGAAGAGGUGUGGCGGUCUCUGGAGAUGAGGCAUCUGCAGGUGCCUUGAAGGAUGGAGAAGAUGGUACAGACGACGAGGACGGAGAGGUCGAACAAGACAAGAGAAAGACGAUCAAGAAAGAUGCUGAUUCUGAAGACGACGCGUUCAUGGAGGAUGCUGAUGUU